GGAGGGAGGGAAGUUGAAAUCACAGUGGGUCAUAAGAUCUGCUGUAAAUUUUCAGGGAAGGGCUGAAAAUCGAGCUUUGCUCUUUGGUUUUGAUUCGUUUGGGGGACUACGCUUUUGUUGAGCUCUCCCUUUCUUUCUUUCUUUCUUUCUUUGCUGCUGGGCUUUUAGGGCACUAAAAAAAGGAAGAAUUAUGUGGAGGCUCGCUCGAUCUGCGGCGGCAAACCUCCGCCGCUCGCCUCGGCGGUUCUCCACGGCCAUCCCCGGCCCCUGCAUCGUUCACAAGCGCGGCGCCGAUAUUCUUCACGAUCCCUGGUUCAACAAGGAUACGGCCUUCCCUAUAACAGAAAGAGAUCGGCUUGGACUCCGUGGUCUGCUUCCUCCGCGUGUUAUAUCAUUUGAGCACCAACAUGAUCGUUUCAUGGAGUCUUAUCGAUCGCUUGAAAGAAAUACUAAAGGACAUCCAGAUGGUUUUGUGUCAUUGGCUAAAUGGAGGAUCUUGAAUAGACUUCAUGAUAGAAAUGAGACAUUAUACUACAGAGUCCUUAUUGAUAACAUUGAAGAUUUUGCUCCAAUAAUUUAUACUCCUACAGUUGGACUGGUUUGUCAAAACUAUUCAGGGCUGUUUAGACGCCCACGAGGAAUGUACUUUAGUGCAAAAGAUAAAGGAGAGAUGAUGUCCAUGAUCUAUAAUUGGCCCGCUCAGAAGGUUGACAUGAUUGUCUUGACAGAUGGCAGUCGCAUUCUUGGUCUAGGGGAUCUUGGAGUCCAGGGAAUUGGAAUACCCAUUGGAAAGCUUGACGUGUAUGUUGCUGCUGCUGGUAUAAACCCACAGAGAAUACUUCCUAUUAUGCUUGAUGUCGGUACCAACAAUGAGAAACUUCUUCAAGACCCUCUUUAUUUAGGAUUGAGACAACCUCGCUUGGAAGGAGAGGAGUAUCUAUCGAUUGUUGAUGAAUUUAUGGAGGCAGUUCAUGAACGUUGGCCAAAGGCUAUUGUACAGUUUGAGGACUUCCAAAUGAAGUGGGCUUUUGAAACAUUGCAACGCUAUCGGAAAAAGUUCUGCAUGUUCAAUGAUGACAUACAGGGAACUGCUGGUGUUGCUCUGGCAGGACUACUGGGAACUGUUAGGGCACAAGGUCUGCCGUUGACUGACUUUGUGAACCAAAAGAUAGUUGUUGUUGGAGCUGGAAGUGCAGGGCUUGGUGUCCUUAACAUGGCUAAACAGGCUGUUUCAAGAAUGGUUGGAGGAGAAGCACAUCCUCACUUUUUCCUUCUAGAUAAAGAUGGUCUUAUCACAAGGGCGAGGAAGGAUAUUGAUCCAUCAGCCGCACCAUUUGCUAAAACCCCUGGAGAGAUUGAGGGACUAGGACUUAAGGAAGGAGCAAGUCUCAUUGAAGUGGUUAAGAAAGUCAAGCCUGAUGUGCUUCUUGGUUUAUCUGGAGUUGGUGGUAUCUUCAAUGAGGAGGUCCUUAAGGCCAUGCAAGAGUCAGAUUCUGCUAAGCCUGCCAUUUUUGCAAUGUCAAAUCCAACAAUGAAUGCUGAAUGUACUGCUGUUGAUGCCUUCAAGCAUGCUGGAGAAAAAAUAGUUUUUGCCAGUGGGAGCCCUUUCAAAAAUGUUGACCUUGGGAAUGGAAAAGUGGGCCAUGUAAAUCAAGCAAAUAACAUGUAUCUGUUUCCUGGGAUAGGUUUAGGAGCUCUUGUCUCAGGUGCUCGUGUUAUUUCAGAUGGGAUGUUGCAAGCAGCUGCUGAAUGCCUUGCUUCAUACAUAACAGAAGAAGAAAUCCAGAGGGGUAUUCUGUAUCCAUCAGUUAAAAGCAUUCGAGAUAUAACAGCACAGAUAGGCACUGCUGUCUGUAGAGCAGCCGUCGCUGAAGAACUGGCAGAAGGGCGUUGUGAGGUGGGACCUAAAGAGCUCAUGCAUAUGUCAAAAGAGGAGACAGUGGAAUAUGUGAAAAGCAGCAUGUGGUAUCCCAUUUACAGUCCCCUUGUUCAUGAAAAAUAGAAACAUGUUCCUGGGCGAAUAUCACUCUUUUCUGCAGGCUCUUGUCCCAACACUGUUCGGCCCAAUAUUAGACCAUAAUAAUUUUAGAUUCGUGGUUAAAUUUUUAUGCUACAUUUAAAGCCUUCGAAAUAGUAAAAGGGCCCAAACAGUAUUGCUUUGCUGGAGGAAGGAGAACAGAGCAGAGCAGUGCAGGAACUGAAAAAUGUGUUGUUUCGUGUAGGCUUUUGCCUGAAUGCAAUGCUUAUUGAUGUAAUGUUGUUGA